AUGUGCGUAACUGGCAGUACCGUUGAUAAAAAUGCAUUUGUGGCCCGAGAUAACUCUACGCUUUUGCUGGAACGAACACGUCGGUUCAUUAGUUACCCGGUCAGCGGAGGCAUUGCGAAGCUUAUUCUGGGGUUUCUGGCCCCGGUCCGUUUUAUGCAUCCUUUGCCGCGUAGUCUCAACUGCGGAGUUAACGUACAAGCCAACUACGUGAUUACUCCGGAACUCAUCUUUCCGCAUCCUGAGUCGAUCUUUAAGAAUCGAGCUCUGGACAAAUAUACGGAUCGCACAAGCCGAGCGCAGAUCUAUCGGGUACUGGAAAAGCUGCUGCGAUUAUCCUUGGGAGCCGAUCGCAAAGCCCGCGAGUGUCUCUUACGAACUGUGUGCGAAGUGGCCGAUGCUCCUUUAAGCCAUAAUGGUUUGGUUGGGGAACUGCUGGAUGUGAUAUUAACGCCACAGGAGAUCGAUGUACUUCCACCCGAGUUUCUGCUGGCACGGAAGUACGGAGAGAAUGGCGUGGCCUGCGAGCGAGUAUUUUCCGGUUGCCCUUGGGGUUACGGUUUGUUGGAUCGCAUAUCAACGACGACAUUGUAG